AUGGGGCUGCGGCGCUCGUCGCGAGUAGCGCACGGGAGUGCCGACGACGCUAAGGAAGAGCCGGACACCAAGCGACGCGCUGUCGCACGCAAGAGUGAAAAGCAGCCACCUCUGUUUCUCAGCGAGGCCGAACGCUCCACACUCCAAUCGGUGCUUGCAUGUGUCGCGCCGCGCACCCUAGACGCGAAAGCGAAAAGCUCGCCGAUUGCAUCGCUGCACGCGGGCCUGCGUGAAAAUUGCUCGCUCCAGGAUCUCUGGAUGCAUACCCAGCACCUUGUGCAGGCCAAGCACGGCGCUGCUGCGCGUCUCGAUGUUGCCGUGCAUUCCUCACUGCUGCUUGUGCAGCGCUUGCUGCUUGAGCUUGCACACAAAAAACAUGCAUCGGGACUUGAUGAGGACGCAAUGCAAGAGACGGGCUCAUUUGCACUGCACAUGCAGCUGCCCAUGGGCGACUAUUUCACCAACGCCGUCCAGCUCGGCACCGAAGAUGCACGUACGUUGGAUACUGCGCAUGCAGAGCUUGUGCAGGUCGCGCCGCCCUUGUACAGCGGCGCGACGCCGAGCCUGGGCGAGCGUGUGCCGUGCGGCGCGCGCGUCCAAGAAUCGGCGCCGGCGCCCCGACUGCGCCUCGCCACCUUUCUCUCCUACGGACCCAGCUGCGCCUCGUUUGCACCUGCGUACGAUACGCAGGGCGCGACGCUUGGCGCUGAGGAGAGCGGACGUGUGUGGGAGACCUGCCAUGCGAUGCAGUCGCUCUUGCGCAGGCGUUGGGGCGCGCGCGUAGCCAAGCGCGCUGCUGCAGUCUACAGCACAUUGGACGAGCAAGUACCAGCGCCAGGCGAAGCACUACAUUCCCUCGUCGACCAGGCAAGCGAGCUCGAUCCAAGCUUGGACCGCGCUUUGCUAGAACACAGUAUGCAUAUCCUCGAUGCGGACGCGGCGCUGCAGGAAAACUGGGCAAGCUUGGCGUCAUUGCAGGAGCUGCAAUGGCUGCGCACGCGCCUGGACGGCGUUCCCGUGCCUCGGCCUGUCGAGGAGUACGAACAAGCGCUGGUUGCAGCGGUGCAGACGUCGCUCGCCAAGAUGCUGGGCGAUGUGAUGCCGCGCGCGGUAUGGAAUGCGCCGCGAAAUGUGCCGAUGCUGUACCAGAGCAUCGCUGCGCUGAGUACAAGUCUCGAGCACCCAAGCACGCCGCUCAGCAGGGGAUAUGCGGGCACACUACCGAGCGGUACACACGGCGCCAAGGCCAACACAGCGAUCGGCACACAGGCACCGACGUGGGGUACACUGCUCAAGCCGCGCGCAAUUGCCGAUCGUCAUACCGCACGAUGGGAUCCGCACCAGACAAACGGCGCGCUGGCGCGAGGGCUCGCUACGUAUAUAAGUGCGCCAGGCGAUGUUGUGCAGAGUGCGUACCCGGCGCCGGCGCCGGCGCCAGUGCUAGGCCCGCACGGCGUGCCACUGUACCCUAGGCAGGAGCGGCCUUUGUAG